AUGGAGGCGCUGUGGAAGCAGGCCUCCAGGCUCAAGGACCAGGUCGCUCGGCAGGGUGUGUUCAAGCAGUUUGGCUAUGGGAAUUCUGAUAACGCGUUUACAGAUGAGUCAGAGGUUAAAAUGUAUCAGAGAUUGGAAAAGCUUUACUUAUCGACUCGUGCUGCUAAACAUUUUCAAAGGGACAUUGUUCGGGGCGUGGAGGGGUAUAUAGUCACAGGAUCCAAACAAGUCGAAAUAGGGAAUAAAUUGUCUGAUGACAGCCAGAAAUAUGGUGUUGAAAACACAUGUACAAGUGGUGAUACUUUAUCCAAAGCUGCUACAUACUUCGGAAAGGCACGCUCACAGAUGGAAAAGGAGCGUGGCAACUUGUUGAAAGCGUUUGGCACACAGGUGGCAGAGCCACUGCGGGCAAUGGUAAUGGGUGCACCUUUAGAGGAUGCCAGACAUCUGGCCCAGAGAUAUGACAGAAUGAGGCAAGAAGCUGAAGCACAGGUUGUCGAAGUAUCAAGACGGCAGAACAGGGUGAGGGAAUCAGCUGGGAAUGGAGAUAUGAUAUCUAAGUUGGAAGCCGCUGAGUACAAGCUUGAAGAACUGAAGUCAAACAUGGUGGGAUUAGGGAGGGAAGCUAUCGCAGCAAUGUCGGCUGUUGAGGCUCAGCAGCAACGGUUGACCUUACAGCGUCUUAUUGCACUGGUUGAGGCUGAGAGAGCUUACCAUCAGAGAGUUCUGGAGAUACUUGACCAGUUGGAACAAGAAAUGGUGUCUGAGCGCCAAAAAAUCGAAGCACCCCCGACUCCAGCAGCUGAAAAUGAUAUGCCACCACCACCACCACCAUCUUAUGAUGAAGUUAAUGGAGCGUUUGCAUCCACUUCUGUUAAUGAGUCAGUCCAAUCUGUCGAUUUCUUCCUUGGAGAGGCGCUUGAUUCCUUCAAAGCUGAAAGUGAGUUUGAGCUUACCUUGUCAGCUGGUGACAUUGUAAUUGUCCGAAAGAUCUCAAGCAAUGGUUGGGCAGAAGGUGAAUGCAAGGGCAAAGCAGGAUGGUUUCCUCAUGCUUAUAUCGAAAGGCGAGAACGUGUUCUAGCAAGCAAAUCUGGAGAAGAUUUUGGAUGUAACAUAUUUUUGAGAGGCCAAUUGGACAUUGGUUGCCUUGAUAUUGUGAAAUAG